AUGGAGCCGGGCGGCGGAGCCGGCGGCGCGGGGCAGCAGGAGUGGAGCGAGGAGGUGAACCGGGCCAACAAGGCGGCCCUCUCGGCCUGGAUGCGGCACACGGGUGUCCGGCUGGUGCAGGUGAACGGGCAGAGGAAGUACGGCGGGCCGCCGCCAGGCUGGGCCGGCAGGGCCCCACCUUCCGGUUCAGAGGUAUUCAUAGGUAAAAUCCCACAAGAUAUCUAUGAGGAUAAACUAAUACCUCUAUUUCAAAGUGUGGCGAAGCUCUAUGAGUUCCGCCUGAUGAUGACAUUUAGCGGCCUGAACCGGGGCUUCGCAUAUGCCAAGUAUGCCAACCGGCGCAGUGCCCAGGAGGCCAUCGCUGCUCUCAACGGCUUCGAAAUCCAACCUGGCCACCCUAUUGCAGUCUGCAGAAGCACCGAGAAGUGCGAAUUGUCCAUCGACGGACUGGCGUCCUCCAUCAAAAAGCGCCCACUUCUGCAGCUACUCUGCGAGCUCACUGCGGGAGUGACCGGCGUCUCCUUGCACCCGAGCCCUUUCCAGAAAGGAAAGCAGUUUGCAGAGGUGAAAUAUAUCUCCCACUGGGCUGCUGCGAUGGCGAAGAAGGUGCUGGUGGAAGGGAGUUUAUCCCAGUGUGGAGAUCAAAUUGACGUUGAUUGGCUGAAACCAAACAUGAAGCAGGAACUCCACACCUCUCUGCAAGCCUUCCCUGAGAUCCUGCCAUCCAGUUGCUCUGUUGAAGAUGACCCCAGCCGAAGGCCAGGUGAUCAUCAUGUGCCGCUGGCAAUGGGAAGUGUGCUAGACUACCUGAACUUGCAGUGUGAGGAGCGGCAGCUGGGGGCCCCCGUGUUCCUUACCAAGUGCAUGAAGAGGAAACCUGGUGGCUGGUUUCAGUACUGGUACCAAGUGGUGAUUCCAAACUAUCCGUCACCCUUCAGCGGGUUGAUCUGGAUCAAGCAAGAUCAGUUUGCUGUCACGGAAGACCAUGAAAAAGCAAAAGAUGCGGUAGCUCUACAAGUGCUUAAAGUCAUGGGUUUCUCUUUCAUCAAAGUGGAAUUCAUUAGAAAGAGGAAAAGGAAUGGAUUGUUGGAUUUCAGGGAGAAAUUGAAUAAAAGGAAUUAUCUUAGCAACACUAUUGCUGCCAGUUUUUUCAGUGGCUGUGCUUUCACAGUAGCAGCAGAGCACUAA